GUGAUCCGCUCUGCUGCUGACUGGUCGGCCGGCAUUAAAUACCACGAGGAGUCCAUCCACACUGCCUAUGUCAACGUGAUAGAAAACAGCAAGCACUACAUAUAUAUAGAAAACCAGUUUUUUAUUAGCUGUGCUGAUGACAAAGUUGUCUGGAACAAGAUCGGCGAUGCAAUUGCUCAGAGGAUUCUUAAAGCUCACAGGGAGAACAAGCGUUUCCGAGUGUACGUGGUGAUCCCGCUGCUGCCGGGCUUUGAAGGGGACAUCUCCACGGGCGGGGGCAACGCGCUGCAGGCCAUAAUGCACUUCAACUACAGGACCAUGUGCCGAGGAGAAAACUCCAUCCUGGGCCAGCUAAAGACAGAAG